AUGGCCGAAAUCAGUGAUGCCCCAGCAGUUACUUCCGGUGAGCUUGCGGCUAUAUUGCGAGCGAUGGAUGAGAAAUACAGGGCUCUGUUUGAUGCAAUCAGCAAGCAAGCUAGCAGCUCCAAAUCAGAGGCUGAAAUAAAGGAGGAGAUACAUCCCUUACAGAUGCCACAUGUGAAGUUAGAGGGUCCUGAGAACUAUGUAAGCUGGGCUGAGCAUGCUGAAACCAUCCUGGUUUCAAGGAAAUUGGAAGGAUACAUACUUGGGACAGUAGAGAAACCCGAGGAAGAAGGUUCAAAAGAAGGCCAAAAAUGGAGAGCAGCCAAUGCUUUGGUCAGGGCAUGGCUUCUGAGUUCGAUGUCUUCUCAGAUUGCAAAGCAGGUUGAGAGAAUCAAAGAUGCUUCAGAGAUUUGGAGGCUCCUGAGAGGCACAUAUUCAGGAGUGGGAAAUGAGAUGUUAGCAUGCAAAAUUCAAAAGGAGUUGCAGGAGCUGAGCCAAGGUGAGAGAACAGUGGUGGAAUAUGUGUCUGAACUUAAAACGUUGUGGAGUGACCUGGACUACUAUGAUCCAGUUGAAAUGGAGUGUGGGAAAUGUAUUGAGAAGCAUAGUAAGUGGACUGAGAGGAGACGUGUUAGAGACUUCCUAAAUGGCCUCCAUCCCAUGUUUGAAAAUAGGAGAGCAGCUCUAUAUGGUAGUGGGUAG